AUAAACUAAAAUCGGGUAUUGUUAUAUCCACUAAUAUGCGAAUUUAUUAGGAAAAUAAUGAAUCUAUUUUUGUCGAUAUUUUUCAUUUUCUUUGUUAAUUUGAAAGUUUUUUCGCAAACGAUUUUGGAGUUGAGCGACGCUAAAAGUUCAGUAACAUGGAAUCCUGCCACCGAUGAGACGGUUACUGUUCAAGCUGAGGAAGGAUAUCAAAUAGAACUGAACGUGACGAGAUGCGAUUUGGAUGGCGAAAGUGGCGAUUACGUCGUUCUCAAAAAUGACUUAUUGGGCGAUUCGGAUGAGGACGACGACUAUUCAGCGAUGAUGUUCACCUACAGCACUGGCGGAACAAAUCUAAGUUACUUGUAUGAAAGCAAUAAGAUUUCAGCCGAGUACGUUGCUAGAAAUGCAUCGAGCAGGUUCACAGCAGUAUUUACAAGAAAAGGUCAGGCACUGACAACCACAACGACCGAAGUACCUACCACAACUGUAAUCUUACCAACACCAGAAGAUGAGCAAAAUGUGGGUAUAACUGUCUACUUAUACGGUGCAAGUGCAAAUUCGUACAGAAACGAAAGUACCCACUUUAAAGAACUUAGAGCCUCUCUUGCUCAAAUGGCCAGCGAAUAUGCAACUUUACAAAAUUGCCCUGUCAAUGGAUCUAUAACGUCAAGCAAUGUUCUAAUAAGCUUCUUAGAACAGUGUCACAUUACGUGGAACGAAUAUGAUAAAUGUAUCAGCUUAACAUUCGCAAUUCCAGUAAAUUUAAUCAACGAUGGCGAAAAUUCUUUAUGGUCAGGUUAUCAAUUUAAUGAAGAACAUCUGAACCUGAUGUGGAACACCCUCGCUUCAAAAAAUGUCGCAGAUUUGGGUUUAAAGCUGUACCCGGUGCCAAACGUCAGUGGCAUAAUGACUAAAAGAAUGGUUGCCAUAUCUUUAAUAAUCGUAAUACUUAUAAUUUUCUUACUAUCUGCAAGAUGUAUAAGAAGGAAAUACUCUCAAAGAAGGCGCAGGAAAUUAAGCGAUACUGUAUCAAUUGUUAACGAUUCAAACAGAAACAGUCGGUUGUCCCUAACGCCGCACUACCUUCAAGAGACUCCUCCGUUGUUUGGAAGUGAUUACCCUAUAUUUCCUGGUCAGGAUCUUAAUAGGGGAUCGACUUUUACUAAACCUACGUUUAAUCAUGCCACCUAUAAUGACGGUAUGGAUGAAAACAGCCUGGAUAUUGAAGAAAACAAAGUGGUGGUUGUAGCAGAUAUUAUUAAUACAGAAACACCUGCAUAAAUUCUGGGAUAAUUAUACAAACAAUGUAUACUUGUGAAUUUAAAAAAAAAUGUUA